UCUUUCCUCUCGCGAGCGCUUGCGCCUCUUUCUCCGUCUUCGGUUCACGCUCUCGCGCAGCGCCCAUUAGAGCGAUGGAUGGAUGGGUGGGCUGCUUGAUUGGCCGUCGAGUGCUCAUUCAAACCUUUUCUUCUCGGAGAAGCCAGCGGGGACGGUAGGGGAGCGUCUCGGGACUGCAACUGCCGCUACACAGCUUUCUCUGGCGGGGUGGGGGGGGCGCGGGCAGGCAGAAAUGAGUAGAAAGCCAAUCCAGAUGCGCCAGAAUUUGCCGCAGAGAGAUUUGGUUGAUUGAUGUCUGCUUUGAAUGUGGGCCUUGACUCGCCUCUGCAUUGCCACGUGCUCGAUUGGUGAUCCGGAAGGGAGUGGAGUUGUGAUAGGAUGUGUCGAGACGAGCAAGUGCAAAUUCUCUGUGCGAUGUCCAUGAAGGAAAUCAAGGGAAGAGCAGGCGGAGCUAAAGCUGCAGCAGCUUUAUAGACAACACGGGAGACGCGGUGAAUCUGGCUUGUGGCUUGUCCUGUUGCAGUGACGUUGUCUGGAGGUAGCAUUUUCUCCUCCUCCCACCAGGGAGUAAGACAGGAUUCUCUCUCUUUCUUUUCUGGCUUUUGAGCCUAUCACUAGAGGGACACAUCUCCUCUCUGGACCACAGAUUCGAGUGUACUGUUUCAAGGGGCGACGGCUUAUCUCCAAAUAUUUUUCUCAAAUAGAGUGCCCGUGCGCUCCAGUUUGAGCCUGGUCUUGUAAGAAGUGGCCCCGAAAUUUGUUUGCUGGAAUUUUCCCGGGAUCACCUAAGUGCGAGAGCUAGACAAUAUGGCCCAACAAAUGUCGCUUCUCUGCACCCGGAUACUGAUUCUAAUUUGGCUCCUUGCGAUACCAUUCGACGCCUUGGCCAAUCUUGAAGGGGAUGCACUUUAUGCCUUCAGACAACAUUUGAAUGACCCAGAGGAGGUCCUGGCCAGUUGGGAUAACAGUUUGGUCAAUCCUUGCACUUGGUUUCAUGUCACAUGCAACGGAGACAACAAUGUCAUCAGAGUGGAUUUGGGGAAUUCAUCUCUCUCAGGAUCACUUGUACCUGAACUGGGCAAUCUAGCUUCUCUGGAAUAUCUGGAGCUAUUCAACAAUCAUAUCAGCGGAUCAAUCCCACCCGAAUUGGGUAACUUGGCGAAUCUCGCAAGCCUUGACUUAUAUCAAAAUGCUUUGACAGGAACCAUUCCAGUAACCCUAGGCCGAUUGAAGAAUCUGAAGUACUUACGCAUGGAUCACAACAUUCUAACGGGAGCUAUACCAACUGAGUUGACGUACAUCGGGAGUCUGCUCGUUGUUAAACUGUCGUACAACAACUUGACCGGCGUCAUUCCCAGAUUUGCCAGCAGUGUUAGCACAUUUUUUCAAGGUAACCCAUACCUGAUUCACUAAUUCUGCGGACGUGCAUAUAAAUGAGCUGAGCUCAAGUGUGUAAAUUUUGACCGAGUCUAAUCCGCUUUCGAGAACAACAACAGCAAGUGAUACAUGUGCUCCGAGUGGAGUACCCGAGAGAUCCACAAGAUGACGAUAUUGUAAAUUCCAGAAUUUUCUCUUUUUUCAGGGUUGAAGAAGAUAAAGUUGCAACCAGUUAAGCAUUUCGUAAUUCUGUAGGGUUGAGGCUUGUGCUGAAGAUAAAGGACAUGUUUGUCCUAUCGUUUUCUCCGUCAUACGUCAUUGCUUACUAAACGCUGAGGUCCUAAUGAUGGAAUGGUCGUGAGAAUCACACCAUCGGAUAAUAAAGUAACCAAUGUUAUA